CCUGAUAUCGGUCAAGUGAAAAGGCAAAUGUCAACAGUUCUGCUUGGUAUGCCCUCUGAUACGAACUUCCCCGCCGCCGUACCGUACCCGGCGUACCUAGCCUGAGGCUUCACGACUUUCGGCCAUCCUACUGCUAUGCUCGUGCGACAUGGUGGAUGAAUACGUCGGGUGUGGUGCACUGCGUCUUGAUACAAAGGACAAAGUAAAUUCAUCACGUAACAAUGGACUCGGAAAUGCGAAGCAGGCCUCGGGAUACUGAGAGAGAAGCAUCGCGGUCAGUGCAUGGAAAGGAAGCCUCCUAUCGGAAGCGGCGAGACAGGUCGUUGUCCUCCGAGGAUGAGCGAGAUGCCCCAAGACGACGAAGGAGACAUUCACGCUCCGAGGACGAAGAUUCAGAUCUAGACUUCUCGCGAUCUCGCAGGCGGGAGGAUGCCGGUAAUCGCGAGAAGAAGCGUCGCGAAGACUCCAGACGAGAGCGAAGAGAUCGGUCCAAGGAUUACUCCAGCGAUGACUACCGAACUGCAAGACAGAGGCACAAGUAUCGAGCACGUUCACGUUCACGUUCACGCUCACCGUCAAGCAGCCGACGGAACGACGGCCGCACACAUCAACGCAAAAGAUCGAGAUCUCCCACCGCGAAGAGGAGGAGGAAGUCGCGCUCGGCUUCACCUCAGCCAGUGAAGAGAUCACGCGCGCCACUUCCAUCUCAGGAGGCUUCCUACAAAGGCGUGGACUUGCCGCCUGGCGAGAAGGCCGUGGAGAAGCAAAAGCCCAACUUCAAGCCCACCGGUCUCCUCGCCAAAGAAGCAAAUACUGUCGCAGGCACUACCACAGUCUUGAAGUAUCAUGAGCCACCCGAAGCCCGCAAGCCCCCAGCCAAAGAGCAGUGGCGAAUGUAUGUGUUCAAGAAACAAGAUUUGCUCGACACCAUCCAGCUCCAUUCGAGGAGUGUUUGGCUGGUUGGUAGAGAUCAGAAGAUCACGGAUCUGUUCUUAGAGCAUCCCAGUAUAUCGAAGCAACAUGCGGUGAUCCAGUUCCGACACCGAACGAGCACGAACGAGUUUGGGGACAAGUUGAGCAAAGUCAAGCCGUACCUGAUUGAUCUCGACAGCGCGAAUGGCACGAAAUUGAAUGGAAAGAAGGUGGAGGCGAGUCGAUAUAUGGAGCUCCUGGACCAGGAUGUGGUGUCGUUUGGGGAUAGCGAAAGAGAAUAUGUGAUGAUGCUGCCCACUGCUGAGAAGUGAAAUCAUGGCAUCGAACGUGGUUCGCCACAUCUUCUUCGAUGACCGAUUCAUGUCGGUACUUGCGGAGACAUGACCGGAGCCAGGCAGUGUCACAUCACACAUCUAUGUUUCCAUUCUUCGCACAAAGUACAGAGUACUUCCGGCAAUCCUGUUUGUU